AUGAGUUUGUCGGAUGAAAGCUCGGGAAUGGUCAUUUUGACCGGGAACGCCCAUCCAACGCUGGCACAGCUCGUGUGUGAACGGAUGGGAGUUCGAAUGGGAGAAGCUGUAGUUUACAAUAAAAGCAAUCGCGAGACUAGUGUGGAUAUUAAACAGGUAAGUUUUGGGGUUAUAAGCUUGUAAUUUGUAUUUUGAAGACCAAUUUAAACGUUUUGAAGGCCAAGUUUGGCUUAAAAUGCUGAAGAAUAGGUAUUAAUCUGACCUUUUUCAGAGUGUUCGAGGAAAGCAUGUUUUUAUUAUUCAAUCAGCGUCGAAAGACGUGAACAACAACAUAUUUGAGCUUCUGAUCUUGAUGUACGCUUGCAAAACGUCUUCGGCCAAAACCGUCACAGUGAUUAUGCCCUACUUACCAUACUCGAAACAGUGUCGUAUGUUGCGUCGAUCGGCGGUGACGAUGAAGCUGAUUGCUGACAUGAUUUGUCGAGCCGGUGCUAGUCGAAUGGUGUCGUUGGAUUUGUAUAAAAAGGAGAUUCAGGUGAGAAAUGAUGGUUUUAGUUGAUAUUUUGAGUACUUUGGUAUAUUUUGUGUUAUAUUACUGAUAUGCCUUUGAAAUUUUCAGGGAUUCUUUUCAAUUCCAGUGGAUAAUCUUAGAGCUAGUCCAUAUCUACUGCAGUAUAUUAAAGAAAACAUUCCGGACUUUAAAAACGCUGUGAUUGUGGCCAAGAGUGCUGAGGUCAUGCAUAAGGUAUGUUAUGAUCAAUAUCUUGACGGAAUUGAUCUUUUCAAGUGAUAUAGUGGUUUCUUAUUGAAAAAUAGAUGUUGUUCUAGCUACUGUAGUGUAAAUUAUGUUUAAAAUUUUGCGAUUUGGUAACACUUUCAUUGAUCUUUGUUAAUUGGCAGUGUAAUAUAGCUUUUGAUGAUUUUCUUGGUCAGAAGUGUUUUAAAUGCAUCGAUUUUGACUUUAUAUGAAAGAGUAUAUCUCAUUCUAUCUAUAACAUCAUAUUUCAUUUUAAAAUUUAAAGAAUUUUAAUUUCUAUAACAAUUUUUCUCUCAAUUACAUCCAAUCUAAUGUCUAGUAUAAUAUCAUUUUUACUUAAUAACUUUACUUUUCCUUAUUAUAACGACUUAAAUUUUAGGCAACAAGCUACGCUGAUCGUCUUCGCCUAGGAAUCGCCGUAAUUCACGGUGAAGAGCAGAAAGAGGACAAUGAUGGAACGUUGAAGCACGAUGGUCGUCAAAGUCCUCCGUUGAACAAUGAGAAGAGACCUUCGACAAGUUCGGGACGUCUCAGUUCAGCCAGUGGUUUGGGAAAUGCUUCUUACGAACUGUUUCCGGUUUUGGUGAGUUUUUAGGUAGCAAUUUUUAGGUUUUAUAUUGCUUGUUUUUACCAAAUGUCAAUCAAAAAUGACAAUAACUUAUCAGACAGCCAAAGAGAAGCCUCCACUGACUGUAGUCGGCGAUGUAGGUGGGAAGAUAGCGAUUUUAGUGGAUAAUAUCAUCGAUGAAGCUCAAUCAUUCGUGGCCGCAGCUGAAUGUCUGAAGAAACGAGGCGCUUACAAGAUAUACGUGGUCGCUACACAUGGUAUCCUGUCAGCAGAUGCUCCAAAAAUUAUCGAGGACUCCUGUAUUGAUGAGGUAAGGUUUGGGUGGUACUUGGAAACAAAGUUUUUGCGGUUUUUUGGAAAAAGGUUUUGGAAAGAAAGUUAUUGCGGUUUUUUCAAAAAAUGGUUUUUGGAAAGAAAGUUCUUGCGGUUUUUUGGAAAAAUGGGUUUUGUAAAUAAAGUUCUUGCGUUUUUUAAAGAAAUAGGUUUUGUAAAGAAAGUUCUUGUGGUUUUUCAAAAUCAGGUCUUGGAAACAAUGACAACAUUAAAAUUAUAUUAUUUUAGGUAAUAGUGACCAACACGGUGCCGCACGAGGUCCAGAAGAUGCGAUGUCACAAGAUCAAGACCGUCGACAUAUCCAUGAUCAUCUGCGAAGCCAUACGUCGGAUUCAGAACAAAGAAUCCAUGGCCUUCUUGUUCAAGGAUAUUACACUUGACGAUUGA